AUGCCUUUACUCGUGGAGCGUCCGCGCUCGUCGCAAGAGGCGCUCCUCCGCCUCGAAAAAGGUAGCGCUUCCCCGAGUACCCAGCUACACGAAGCAGCACGGAUUCUAGGACUGGACCUUUCGUUGUGUGAAAGCCACCCGGAAACACACAGAGAUGGCAAAAUUCAAAUUAAGGCCACGCCAAAGGAGGAGUGGGUGCUACGAUGGUUGCUUAAGAGACUGAGGUCCGGGAAGAACUACCGCGUGGAUCCGGCGUCAUUCCUGCUAUUGCGACAGCUGAUCGAAUUGAUUUCACCAAAAAACCUGGCGACAAUUAUGAAAGACCAGAAGUUCUUGUCAAUCAUUUGCGAGACGAUCGCAGACUUGGAGACGGAUAUUUAUGCGACAGUUGGGAAUGGGCUAUCGAUGGAUUCGGACUCUAGUCGUACACUGUCUGGCUCUCCUGAUGAGCAACAUGGAACUCAGGGCAUGAAACGAAAGAGAGGCAGUGCAGAGAAUGAUCCAGAUGCCAUGGAUAUCGACAACCCGCCGCAGAACCCCGCCUCGUGCUUCCUCACAUUCAUCCGCGCACUUGACUGCUUGCAUGGAGUAGUGAAUCUGGCUCAACGAACGAUCGGUACAGAUGAGGUUGCCAAUUCUCAUCUUAAGCUAGCUUUGCGUGGUGAUCCUGAUGUCGUUGCGUUGUUGCUAGGCCGGGCAUUCCAGCUGGCUGCUGUAGCCAUGGCCCAAUUUACUCGCGCAGGGAAAACAACAGAUCUUCAACAUUUGAUGUAUGUGUUUCCAGCAAUUCUUGAACUGUGGGAAUCGAGGUCUCUCCGUCAUGAUGAUACGGACAACAAAAUCAGCAAUGAUUGCUUUGCGAAGUCCAGUUUUUCCCACGCUCUCCGGCUUCAACUCUGCUUGCGGAACAUUAAGCUCGAUACCGAUGAGAGGGCAUAUCUGCUUCAUUCCGUUGAAAGAAUUAUUGCCCUCCAUGUGCUGCUCCCGGCGCGGGCGGCCUUCUUUGAACGAGGAGGCUCUGGCAUUGAUUACUCAAAAGACGAACCCGAUUGGAGUUCAGUUCAGCCAGUGACCGCUGCAUUCCGGCCAAUAAUCCGCGAGAACUCCAGCGUUCAGGGUACCGCCGAUCAGGCCAACGAGGGAUCUUUCCACGCCCUUUGGCAGUCAAUUGAGCUUCUCCCGGAGCUGUUCGAUAAUGCUGUACGGGCUGUCCCAAGAGAUGAUUUCAGACGGCAAACUCAUGAAGCUCCGUGGUUGGAAACUUUGUUUGUGGCCGUGGCGGAGCUAGCAUUCUCUACUUCGAAAGAAGAUGACCCUGAGAACUAUUCCUCUCGUUUUGUCUCUGUGCUGGAACAGCUUCUUCGAGUAGCUCUUGAGCGAAACGUUGGCCUAUCACUUCACACUGUUCUCACGCACGCGGGCUACACUGGUUUGCUCGAAGAAGGUUUGGAGAAGGUCCAGUGGACUGUCACAUCUCUGGUGAUCAGCCUCGGUGUGGACAUCUUCCUGCCCAACUCCGGACUGCGCGAUGCCCGCAAGCUUCUUGAGGCUCUACUUGGCAAAAUUCUUCUUGAGUGGCGUAACGAGGGUUCCGGCGGGACUGAUAACUAUAACAUUAUCAAGAAUGACAUAGCAAUCCCGUUGUUGCGUGGUUUUGCAGCCGCAAGAGAUUUGCCAUCUUUCGUGGAGAUGUGGCAUAAUCAGCUCGUUAUUUUCCAGGGAGCUCGAGCUCUAGAUAAGGAUCUACCCAUGUUCUCGGUCUGGGAAGACGACGAUCUCUGUGAUACGUACAGUGAUGUGAUCCGAACGAGCCUCAUCGCCUCAACCCUGGCAACUCAAAUGCAAACUGCUGCGGUAAAGAUCAGGGCGGAAGAUGGCAAAAUUUCCAAUGAUCCCGAGUCAUAUGCGAAGAUUGUCAUCAUGGAAGCUAGCUCCCGCGGAAGGGCACUUCAGUUCGCCGAUUCCGAGAAGACAAUGGCCUCCAUUUUGGAGACAUUGACUUCCACACUUUCUUCAAAGCAAAGCUUGCAUUGGCGCUGGCGCUUAUGGCGUUUUGUUCGUAAUAUCUUGCAAAACAGCCUCCACUCCCAUGACAAUGCCCUGGGUCAAGCAGCACAGUCCCUUGUCGUUUCAGCUUCGAAAACUGUGCAUCGCAACCACAAGAAUCUGGCCAAGGCGCCUCUUGCCCCAUUAGAGUCUUGGGAGGCCUACAGAUUUGCUUUGGUUUCCGUCCAGGGAAAACUUAAUGAGGAGCAGCUAGAUGCUUUCAAGGCUAUUUCCCAGGAUAUCAUAAGCCUUGUGGCCUCUGUAUCCCGUGAGGAUGCUCAUAAGUCGAUGGAGGUGCCUUGGAAUGGCCGGAUCGACACUCUCAAUUCUGCGUCUAAUCUGGCUUUAGCCUAUAUCCUCGCACUGAUCAGGGUUCCAGAGAUCUGGCAGCACAUCACGACCGAUGAUCGAUCGCGUCUUUUCGACCAACUUCUAUCUCUGGCUGCUGCACAAUACCAUCCCACAUCGUUGCCUCUAGAAGGUGUGGUAGAUGAUGCUCGGUUCCUACAGGCAUGGGCGAGUGUCGUGUGCCACGAGUAUCUGCUCAACGUCCCAUGCCUUGUGCCUGAUCUGACGCUUCUUCUUAACAAACGCAUCGAGCAAGAUUCUUCCGAUCGUCGUAUCUAUGUGGAAAGCUUGCAAAGAAUCCCGACUGCUUUGAUCACUCGCGGUUUGAGAACCGCUGUUCUGGACAAGCUGCACGAUGUAUUGGUCCAGCAGGAUAGCACACCCGAAGUUACUCUUGGAAUAUUGACUAUGAUGGCAAAGUUGGCCGCCAUGCCAAAGUGUGAUGCCAACAUUACUGGUGAAUGGGAACCAAUUUGGACUGCUGCCCGGGCCAUCUCCCUUGCAGGCACUGAGCUGGAUCUUCAGAUCAUGAAGUCAUUCAGAAGCUUGUAUCGUGCAAUCCUUGCCAAGUUGCUGGCUCUCGUGAAGGACGAUCGGCCCGAUACUUUCAAGAAGUUGUUCGCCAGAGUCUCCAAGCAGGCCGGCAAGCUGCGACAGAUCGACCGUGACUCCAUGCCUUGUUUCCUCUUGCGUCUGACAUUGUCGGAGCUCUGGGUGCACCGCGCGAAGUUACAAAAAGUCAUCUCUGAAGACGAGCUGGCCUCUUGUCGCCAACGUCUUUUUGGUCUUGUGCUGGCGGAUAUGAAAUCUGUCAAGGACCAAUGCAGAAAGCAAAAGUUGGAAGAAACCAUUACCCUCAUUAAGACGAUUGAUGCACUAGAGGACUUUGAGGAUCUUGCAACAAACCACAUCGAAGUGGAGAAGUUCCUGUCCAAGAUCGAGCAUUACAUGGAGAUGUCGAUCGACUCAGAACCGUCUCGGUUGAUCCGCCGUCGUCUUCUUGCCACCAAGGGACCUGAACGAAGCAUCACCGAACCGGUCUUGCAAUGUGCUGAGACCAUCACACUUCAGUCACUCUAUGCCGAGGACCAACAGCUCUUCAUCCGGGCUACCACUGAGCGUUUCCGCUCCAUGACCACUGCGAGACUCACUCAAUCAAUCCGUGAGGUCCGCGAGCUCGGCCUGACCGGCAGCAACGCAGCGUACCGCAUCCUCGUCAUCUACCUCGCCAUCAUUUCGCUCCCCGCCGUCGAGGACAAAGAUAGCGACGUCGCACGCGAAUUAUCCCUCGUGUGCGCAUCUCUAACAGAUGCAAUGACCCACAGCACUUCAAUUGAGCAAUUCACCUUCGCAAUGGAGAGUCUCGCCCUCCUCCUCCGCGUGCACACCCGUGCCCUCGCCCAAUGCAACACCGAUGCCAUACUGGCUGCAAUCGCCGCCUCCGCCUCAAGAGUCGGCCCGCGCAUCUCACCCGAGUACGCGCCUACAAUCUUCACCCGUCUCUGUCGCCUAAUGGGCAUUGUCCUGAGUGUCCAGCGUCUCAAGAUCGGCGGCCGCCUCCACCUAGUCGUCCCAGCCAUGCAGCGUCUCCUAAGCUGCCUCUUCGCACGCUCUCGGAAACGCUCCCGCUCUCGCACCCAAGCCUCCCUCUCCCAGCCGUUCUGGCUUGCUCCCCUCGAAGCCUCGCAUACAUCUUCCUACACCCGCCUCCUUACUACUCUCAGCGACCCCACCGUGUCCGCCGUCCUCCGGCCUCAGUCCGGUUCUUCGCGCGAUGCUCUCAUCGAUGAGACUAAGAAAGCCAAGCGUAUUGCAGGCCAGCACCUCCAGUAUGUCGUCAUGGAGUACGCGCAGUGUUCGCUGCGUGGAUCUCUCUUGCCGGAGGUCAAGGCUGCUUUGAUGCCGGGUAUGUAUGCUGCGCUGGAUGUGAUGUCUAAGGAGUCGAUGCGUGCGCUCAAUGCUGGACUUGAUGUGUCUGGACGGGCUAUCUUCAAGUCACUUUAUGAUGACUACGUGAGGUUUGGAAAGUGGAAUAAGGCAUGA